UCUCAUUUUUGUUGUGCUGAAUCAGUGGGAAAUAAAAACCAAAUUUGGUCGAGUACAACCAGGUGCACCCAUGAGAUGUGGGAGGAAGUGUUGAACGCUCAUCGUCACAGUUAAUGUCCAAGUUCACGCUUCCAAUAUUUCAGUCGUCAACAUGCUGCUUCUGCUACUCCUGCUGGCAUCAACUGGCAACUGCCAGGUCCAACAUGUGUCGGGUUACAAAAAAAAUGGCUCAUGUGCGUGUGAGGUGAACACCACCGCGUGGUUGUUCCCUGCUAAAACGUAUGAAGCCACACUUCAACAUAUUGAAACCUGUGAGGAUUCCCUUAAAAGGCUACAAGAACAGGUUCAUCUGUCAAAGCAGCGUCUUCCUGACAUCUAUGCAGUGGUCGACAAUAUAACACGACGACUGGAGCCUUUCCAGUACCUACAUUAUAGGGGCGUCUAUUCUGCCUUAGCUCUUCGUCAGUUAGGUGAAGAGCUCAGCAAGCUGGAGACAAACAUUGACAGUCUGUCUUUUCAAGGGAACAACGAUGAAACAACAAAACUCUCAAAAGAGGUCCAAAAACUGAAAAGUGAUGUUGAAAGAAUGCAACGGGCAAACACAGGCAAUAUGAAAAGUGUUAGAGAGAGACUCCGCUACCUGAAAAACAGUGUCGAGUCAUGCCUGUCGAUCCCCAGAGACUUCAAAGGUCAGCAAAUGUAUUGCCUCAAGGGUCUAAUCACCAACGUCAGUGCACCGGUCACAACAAAAAUCAGUCCAUUUGGUAAAAACUAUAUCUCUGGCUCAUGGGGACAACAAGCUAUGAUGGACAGUGACGGUCUAGAAUACAGAUUCUGGAUUCAGCCUUUGCUCCACGGCCACACCUCAGGCAAUAGUCUUCGAGUUUACCAAUCUUAUGCAGAUUUUAUGGCUUCUGCUAACCACAAAGAUUUUAUUAUAGUUCCAUCCCACGUCCACGCUAAUUCUGUAGAAGGCCCUAGUGCUGUCCUGUAUGGAAAAGGUCUGUAUUAUCACUGUUACGGCUCUGCAGAUGUUUGUCGCUAUGAUCUUGACAACAAGGCUGUCGCAAGAGUCACACUUCCCGGAAUCGGAAAGGAAUACAGAAAGUUCCCUUACUGUUACUUUGAGUGCCGGGCCAAUAGUGAUGUGGACGUGGAGGUAGAUGAGACGGGGCUAUGGGCCAUAUAUGCCACAGUAGGUAGCCACGGUAAUAUAGUGGUAAGUAGAUUGUCUUGGGACGAUGAAACCGAAACACUCAAUGUCACACGGACAUGGGAAACGAGGCUGUUUAAGAAGGCAACAACCAAUGCGUUCAUGGUUUGUGGUGUGUUGUAUGCAACUCGCUUUUUGGAUGAUUACAAUGAAGAGGUGUUCUAUGCCUUUGAUACAGAAACAGGCAGAGAGGACAACACGCUUACGGUGCGGCUGCAGAAGAUUGGAAAAGGAGUUGCCAGUCUGGGUUACAAUCCAGUUAACAGGCAGCUCUACAUGUACAACGAUGGGUAUCUUCUAGCUUACAAAACCCACUUCUGAAAUGUUAUGUACUCUAUUAAAAAAAGAAAGUUCCUUUCAAUUGAGAAGUCUCAUUUCAGGACACACAAUUAAUUACUAACACAUGCUUAUGCAGUAAUAAAAUCAUAAUUACAGUAAUUUUUUGAAUGUCGAACAAAUUACCAAGUUAAACAAACUAGGUACAGCAGUUAACAAGUGUACUUUCUUUUUGUAUAAUGAUGUAUUUCUCCACAUCCACAGGUCCCUCCACCCUCAUAAAUGGAGUUUUGUGACAAGUUAUUGAAAUAAUGUUUUUGUUUUUUUCUAAAGAUAUAAAUUUGUGAACUGAUGCACAGCAUUCUGUAUUCCGAUCUCCACAAAUAAAAUCACAAAUGCCAUUUGCUAACAACGUA